AUGCAGGGUGCGUGUCAUAUGAACUUCAUAGUUACUAGCCCAAAUGGGUUAGUGGAAUGUGCGUGUCAUGGAAAAGGCUGCUCGGAAAUAAAGUGCACAUGGUCUCAUUGUGACAAAACUGUUCAGGAAGCUGCAGAAGCACCUGAAACUUGCUUGACUGUCACUUCAGACAAGAGUUUGAAGCUGAAAAAUUCUCACACUUACUUCCCUCAGGUACAACUUCACACAGAAGCUUCAAGCACAUGCUACUGUAAUUUUUUUACUGCACUUCCAGUGAUUAUCACAAAGAAAGAAUCUUUCAUGACAGUAAAUUUUGGGAGAGAAGCUUACCAAAGCUUAAAACUUUUUCUGAGAAGUGUAUCGUUCCUGAACUUAUUACUAAAAGGUUGAGGGAAAAGGUGAGGGUACAAGGCUUUAUAAAAGACCUUCUAAAUGCUCUUCCUGCUGAUAUCUUUAAAACAUGA